GCCUCUAGAUCAGUUGGUUGCAACCCCAAGCAAAAGCGUGGAACCAUCAAAAUAAUAGGGAAUAUGAAAGAAAAAAAUCCUUCAACAAUUCAAUAUGAAACUGGAUUUCACACUGGGAUUCUGUCACGUCGCCGCUCACGAAAUUGAAAAAACAAAACAAAUUCAAGGUUUUAAAACGAGUUUGAACUUUAUUUCCACUGUUAGUAGAGGUUGGUGAGCGCCGGUCAAAGUCCCCUUGGCUCUGGCGGCUUCCCGGAGCGCGGCACCGUCGGACCGGCUGCAGGAGAGCUCUUGCCUCGGGCACCUCACCUCACACAACCUACUCCGGGAGUCGGUGUUGGUCGGCGCCCACACACGCCGGCUCUUGGCACGGGUUUUUUUUGCAGAAUCCGCAAGCAUUGCCACUUUUCAUUUCACUGCACAUCUCGUAUGCGUAUGUGACAAAUAAACUCGUUCAAGAAGGAACUGCAGAUGCUGGAAGAUUGAAGGCUGACUGAACAUGCAAUACUACGUGGGGAUUGAUGUGGGGACUUCAAGUGUACGGGGAGCACUUGUAGACCAGAAUGGUAAAGUGGUGGUGCAGGCAGAACAACCAAUCCAGAUCUGGGAGCCACAGCCAGAUUACUAUGAGCAGUCUUCUGCUGAUAUCUGGGCAGCAUGCUGUGCUGUUUCAAAGAAAAUCGUUCAGUCGGUUGAUCUGAGUCGUAUCCGAGGUGUUGGGUUUGAUGCCACCUGCUCGCUUGUUGUACUUGAUGAAAAAUUUGAACCCUUAGCCGUGAAUGCAGAAGGGGUGAACAACAGGAACAUUAUCAUGUGGAUGGAUCAUCGAGCAGUUGUUCAAGUAGACCGAAUAAAUCAAACAAAGCACUGUGUGCUACGCUAUGUGGGCGGAGUGAUGUCUCCAGAAAUGCAGCCACCUAAACUUCUUUGGCUAAAAGAAAAACUGCGAAGCAUUUGCUGGGAAAAAGCUGGUCAUUUCUUUGAUCUCCCUGAUUUUCUGUCUUGGAAAGCCACAGGUGCAACUACAAGAUCUCUUUGUACCUUGGUUUGUAAAUGGACUUACUCUGCACAAACAGGCUGGGAUGACAGCUUCUGGAAGCAGAUUGGACUUGAGGAUUUGACAGUCAACAAUCAUUCAAAAAUAGGGAAUCAUGUGUUGUCUCCUGGCAGCCGAGUGGGAAAUGGCUUGACAUCAGUUACCGCUCAAGAGUUGGGACUGCCCAAGGGAAUUGCUGUGGCAGCAUCUUUGAUCGACGCCCAUGCUGGAGGUUUAGGUGUGAUUGGGGCAGAUGCAAGAGGUUCCAAAUUGCCUUGUGAGAACAUGCCAAUUACUACAAGGCUUGCUCUCAUCUGUGGAACAUCCUCCUGUCAUAUGGGGAUUAGUAAAAGUCCAAUAUUUGUGCCUGGUGUUUGGGGCCCUUAUUUCUCUGCUAUGGUACCUGAUUUAUGGUUAAAUGAAGGUGGACAAAGUGCUACUGGAAAACUGAUGGACCAUGUUGUUAAAAGUCAUGCUGCAUUCCCAGAGCUGGAGUCCAAUGCGAAGGCGAGUGGGAAAAAUGUCUACAUGUACUUAAACUGUCACCUGGAGUCCAUUAAAAAGUGUUCUGCUGUGGGCAUGCUAACAGUUGAUUUACAUGUUUGGCCUGAUUUCCAUGGCAACAGAUCUCCCUUAGCAGAUCCUACACUAAAGGGCAUGGUAACUGGAUUAGCACUGACUAACAGUCUUGAUGAUCUUGCUAAGCUUUACUUAGCUACAGUUCAAGCAAUUGCACUGGGAACCCGUCACAUUUUGGAAACAAUGCAGAAUGCAGGACAUCAAAUCAAUACUCUCUUUAUGUGUGGUGGAUUGAGCAAGAAUCUCCUGUUUGUCCAAAUGCAUUCGGAUAUUUCAGGUAUGCCGAUUGUCCUUGCCGAGGAGGUGGAGUCAGUUUUAGUGGGUGCUGCGGUUUUGGGAGCGUAUGCCUCUGGUGACUUUAAAUCUAUACAGGAAGCUAUGGAAAAAAUGGGAAAAAUUGGAAAAAUAAUUCAUCCAGAUCUUGCACAAAAGAGGUAUUAUGACAACAAAUACAAAGUCUUCCUGAAACUUGCUGACCACCAGAAGGAGUACAGAGCUAUAAUGCAAAACAUCUGAUAGCUACAGCAUACUGGAGGAAAUGGCCAGAGUUCAUUCGAUAUAUUUUACUACUUUCCAUGUGAAAUUACUGUUAGUAGAUCACAACCUUUGGGUUUUUUUUAAUGAAAAACAUGCUGUGUAAAACAUGAACUUAAAUUUUGGAUUCAGUUGGAAUAAAUGUUACAUUGUGUAUUCUCAAUAAAAAAAAUAUUUAAUAUGUAAACAGUUGAAAU